GUUGUGAUCGCAAGUGGGCGGGUUUAUUUCUAGACGAACAGCAGAGUACAGCUUCACCUUCCACUGGACUUAUACUAUUGUUUUUAAAAACAAUAUAAAAGAAAAAGGUGGAAAUCAAACAAUGAGCGACUGGGUGACUUUAUAGAGAUCUGAAGCUGUGAUAUCAGCUUCAGAAGAAGAGCUGGAAAUGGACUCAUUUCCCCCAGGAUCACCACCUUCUUCUCCUACUGAUUCCAUCACUCUAGCAUCUCUUGUUUCUGGACACUCUUCUCGCACAGCUUCCUCCUUUUCAACACCAGGCCCUCCCUCUCGGGCGUCUCCAUCCUCUCAUCCAGCCGCACAGACAGGUCGCUCUCAGCUGAAUGCAGCUAGCAAUGUGUCCGAAGGCAGGCCCACCUGUGGAACUUCGUCUUCUGCAGGAAACAUUCCAGAGGAGCUGCAUAUAGAGGAACUUAAGCAGAGGGCUAAGAAUGGAGAUUUCAAAGCACAAACUGAGGUUGGCAGGUAUUACUUGCGACUGUCUGAGCAUGAAGAUGAAGAAGUGAAUAGUGUCACAGCAGUAACAUGGCUUUUACAAGCAGCAAAAAAUGGAAGGAGGGAUGCAGUGAAACUCUUGCAGUUUUGCUUGCAUGAAAGAAAAGGCAUCACAGCUGAAAAUAGAGAGGAGGUGUGUGCCUUGGUAUCAGAGUCACGUUUUGAACGUUCUGUGAGGAAAGCAGCGUUGUGCAUGUACUGGAAACUCAAUCCAGACAAAAAAAGAAACGUAUCUACAUCAGAACUGCUAGAAAAUAUUAGCCACUAUGACAUUGAAACGGAUGGUGCCCCAAACAACAUACCUUCAAGUCCAGCUCAGAAACAGAGGAAGGUCUUAGAACGCCUUGUCUCCAGCAGUGGGACUCCGUAUGUUGGCAUUGACGAUUUUGUUGAAAAUGCCAAGCGUUAUGCACACGGUAUUUCUCCAUCACCGGAUUUUGAUGCAGCAGUAAAUGAUGAUGAUGAUGAUGAUGACGAACCUGUGAAAAACCCAGAUGAGUUACCUUUGCACCAGAAGAUACUGAAGUUUCCCCUCCAUGCUGUGACUGAGGUAAAGGAGGUGUUGAUUGACUGGGCUUCCCGUGCUGGAAUGCAGUGGAUCAGUGCCCUCAUCCCGACUCACCAUGUCAACACUCUUAUUUUCUUCUUCAUCAUCUCCAACCUUACUCUAGAUUUCUUCCUUCUUGUCAUUCCCCUUGUCAUAUUCUACCUCUCCUUCCUCUCAAUGGUCAUCUGCACAUUGAGGGUUUUCCAGAACAGUAAAGCAUGGGAGAACUUUAAGACCCUGACAGCCAUGCUGGCUCAUUUCGAGCCAGGAUUGGACCUUGAGCAAGCUGAGUCCAACUUCACCUGGACUCAUCUGGAGCCUCACCUCUACUUUCUGGUCUCUGCAAUUUUCCUCAUACUAUCAUUCCCUGUGGCAGAUAAGUCCUGGCUGCCUUGUUCUGAACUGGCCACAGUGGCUGUCUUCUUCACUAUAAGCAGCUAUCUGAGUCUACGUCCAGCUGCACAGCAACAUGCUAAGCUAGCCCUCCUUGCACAGUUUGCCUCUGCAUUUUGCUCUUUAACUAAUGAGCUGCUUGGUGGUCGGGUGGGCCAACUUGUGGGAGGGUCAUGGUUUAGUGUGCCAAUCUGUGAUUGGUUGGUGUUGCAUUUGGGUGUGCCUUGCAUUCUGUACCUUUACCUCCUGUACUUGUGUGUCCGAAUGGGCACAGCACGAGGGUGGCAAGGGUCUUACAGCAUGCUUCUGCCCUACCUUCUCUGUUUCACUUGGUGUGAGCUAUCUGUCACACUUCUGCAUGCAUCUACUGCACUUGGACUCAUGCGAACAUCUGUGGGCUACUUGCUUUUCUUCUUUGCUCUGCCUGUACUUUCAUUAGUGCUUGCAGCUGCAUUGCUGGCGCAGUUAGUUCAGUGGUUCCUCGCUCUGGAGUUGGCCAAGAUGGCUGUGGCGGUGUGUGUUUGUGUGGUUCCUGUUUUGUUAAGGUGGUGGACUCGUUUCAGCGUGUCGCCCCUUGCUGUGAUUCGAUCUCUGCGGCGCAGUAGCAUGGUUAAACUGAUCUUGGUUUGGAUCUCCGCUUUGCUGCUCUUCAGCUGGUUCUAUGUAUAUCGUUCUGAGGGCAUGAAGGUUUAUAACUCCACUCUUACCUGGCAGCAAUACAGUGAGAUGUGUGGCCCUCGUGCCUGGAGGGAACGCAACAUGGCACACACCCAGAUCCUCUGUAGUCAUCUUGAGGGCCACCGUGUCACCUGGGAAGGUCGUUUUAAAUACGUCCGGGUGACAGAAAUUGAAAACGGAGCACAAUCAAUUGUCAACCUCUUGCCUGGUGUCAUAGCAGACUGGGUCCGAUGCCUUUAUGGAGAGGAGUACCCAGCCUGUGACGGCACCCACUCAAGGCCAGAUCCACCUCUUUGCCAGCUUAAAGCAUUUGCAAAUCACAACUGUCAUGUGAAACGUUUUGACCGCUACAAAUUUGAAGUGACUAUGGGUAUGCCACUUCAGGAUAAGAAGGGUAAAUGGGUACAAGAAUCUGAUGAUGCAACCAAAGACAUAGUGCUGCGGGCAAGUAAUGAAUUCCGUGGUGUGCUGUUGGCACUCAGUGCAGGCAGCGUUGUUGAAUUCAGUACUGUUCUGGAGGGCAGGCUUGGAAGCAAGUGGCCAGUGUUUGAGCUGAAAGCCCUUCACUGUAGGACUUGUACCUCACCUUUGGUACCUACAAGACGGCAAGUCAAGAUAGAACAGGACUGGAGGGUUAAUGCCCGUAAUGCAUUUGCCUUCGCAUUUAACUUCCUUUUCCACCCCCUGCUCACUGCCCAAGUAGAAGAUGCUGUGUCUACAGAUGCUGCAGUUUGAUAUCGGACUAUUCACUAUGGAAAUGAUCAUUAAGUAUAAAGGGAGUUACUCAGCGCCUGUCACUUUUUCUCAACUUGUAAAGCAAUAUUAGUUUUAAGAGUUGUUAAGAAAUAUUUAUUGUUGACCAGUUGUUUCGAGUGCUGAUAUACAAAACUAUGUUUAUAGUUUGAGAACUAACAUUCUCUGUCAAAGCUUAAUGUAAAAUAAUGAAGAGAUUCUCAUUCAGGAUGGUGGCCAAAUGGGAAUAAUGUUUGAAUGACAUUAUGGGUUGUGAGUAAUCCCUUUCUAAAUGAAAAUGAUUAGGUGUUUCUUACAAAGAAACGUAGUAUACUGUCAAGACUCCUUAUGUCAAUAAAUGUUGUAGACCAAUGAAAUACAAUCUUAUCCACAAAGAGCAAUUGUAUUUGCAAGUUUUUGUUUUUACUUCAAAACCAGCAGCCACAAUGAAUCUAUAGACAAAAAUGGACCUGUUAUAGACUGAUGGAAGAAGAAUGGUGGUUCUUUAAAUGAUUCAUUCAGGACCACAGUGUAUGGUAAUGGAUGUUAUUUAUGGCCAUAUUCUGUUUUUCUGGCUUUUUGCUGGACUAAGCACUAUUUUCAGUGGAAAAUUACUAUUAAUAAAAUAAUUUAGUCAAAGACUAAUGAAAGUCUACUACAGCUAUUAUAUUUGUUAUAUGAAUGAGUGUGAAAGAGAAAAACCUCAACCAUUUCCUACCAAAUCCAAAGAGGUCGCUAAAAAGUAGAUCUUAAGAGAUCAUUUUAGCAGAAGCAAAUUUGAAUGUAAAAUCUCAUAAUGAUUGUUUCAUAAGAUUUUUUUCCCAGCUCUCAAAAAAAGGUAGCAGGUGGAUUAACAACUCUAAAUUUCCCCAUUGCUCCUAUUUAGGCAUAGCAUUAAUACGGCAGUACACAAUGAUUUUGGUCAUUUAUCAGCAAUAAAAUUUCUUACUUGUACAGGAAUUUGGACAUGUAAGAAAUGCUUGCCACCAAAUAUAUCUCUUCAGAUCAGGAUGAGGAUUUGCAUUGUAAAAUUUGCAUUAAUCCUUUUUUCUUAUUAGAUCAUAUAAUUUCUUUUUUUGUAAUGCUAGGAGUGAUUUAAUAUUAAUGUGGGCUUAGUUAAUUUGAAAUUUGUACAAAAAUUUGUACAUUUCAGAUCAAUGUUAAUAGAUAUUUCCAAUAGAGGAAGUAACCUUCUUCUUCUUCAGAUUGUUGAUUAUUUGCUGUUCUAUGUGCAUAAAAUCAUAGAAUUUAUUAUUAUUGGUGGAAUCACGGUACUCUAUAUGAUGAGCAGUUGUUUAAAAUGCCUUUAAUACUGUAAAUGCCAAUUGAUUCAUUAUAUUACACAGUAGUAGUAGUAGUAGUAGUGUACUACUGUAUAAUGGAACCUCACAUGGGGUUGACUACAGUUGUUGAGACACCACCACUAUUAUACUGUACACACUCACAACAGCACACUGCUCACUUUAACCCUCCUGAGCUGGUAUUUACACCAAUAUAUGUUUUUUCACUACUGUAAUAUCACACUAUGAUCAAUAAAAACAGAUCCUUAA